CACACACACACACACACACACACACACACACACACAGGGGGUCGUUGUGUCUGGAGGAGGGAAGUCUCUGGUCUCCCCGCUGGCCCUGACGUGUGUGCAUGUUUGUUCGUGCGUGUGUUGCAGGGGGGCGCCGCACCCCAGAAGCAUGGCGGGUGUGGCCGGGGGUGGCGGGGCCUGGGCGAGGGUGUGAUGGGGCUGACGGAGAGCACCGCGGCGGGGCGGGGCGGCGGCCCCAAGAAGUCCCCCAGCGCCCCACACUUCCCCAGCCCCCCGUACCGCACCCACGCUCCCCACGGCCCCCAGGCCGCCACGCUACCCCCAGGCCUGACAGGGCCCACACCCACCGCCGCGCCCCGCCGCCACCACGCCCAUGCUCCUGCCCCGCCCCGCCGCUCAGCUUCCGUGGACAGCAUCAGACGCGGGGCAGUGACUGUGUGCCCCGCCACGCCCAGCCCACGCCCCGCCACCCGCCGCCGCCCCACCGCCAUCUACCUGCCAGACCCACCCACGCCCCCGCCCUCUCCCACGCCCUCGCCCAGCCUCCGGGCACGCCCACUCCACCACCACCACCACCGUCACCACCAUCCGCCACCACCACCACCCCCAUCUCUGAUGCCCACACCCUCGCCCGCCCUCACUCCACCACCACCACCACCAGCAGGGGGCGGCGCCCCGCGCGGGCUGGAGGGCGAGCCGUACGUGUGUCUGCACUACGGCACACUGGGUAGCGGGGGCGGGGAUGGGUCGGACCCCGGGGGGCGGGGGCGCCAGGUGUCCCAGGUGGUGAUCCGCGUGGACCAGGUGGGUGCGGGGUGCGGGGCGGGGGUGGAGGUGGGAGACAACGUGUGGUUCCAUGCGGGGGGCGCGGCGCCCACCGUGGCCUCCGUGUACCACGUGCCGCCUGAUCCCAGGCCGCCCACCGACGCCCAUCCCACCAAGACUGUGGUGCUGCCGCUGCGCCUGCCCGCCCGCACACACCCCGCACUGCCAUACAUAGACCAAGACGACCACGCCCCCACCACGCCCACCACCCACACCCCCGCCCCACACCCACACCACACACCCCCGCCCACCACGCCACACCACGCUGGCACCAGUACGCACCCCCAUCACCACCACCACCAGGACCAACGGCAGGAAGUGAACCACCAGCCACAGCACCAACCACAGCACCAGCAUCAACCACAGCACCAGCCACACCACCAGCCACACCACCAGCACCAGCACCAGCCACAGCAGGAGAAGGAUGGUGAAGAGGGCGUGGUGGGGGAGGAGGAGGGUGAAGGGUGUGAGUGUGUGGAGGGGGCGGCAGAGGAGCGGCAAGACGUGAUGGGCGAGGAGGGACCACAGGGACCACAGGGACCAUUGCUGGUGGGGGGGGAGGCUGCUGGUGGUAGGGGUGGUGGUGGUGGUGAGGAUGUGGCCACCGCUGGCCCGCCGCCCCCCAUGCCCAGGGUGGCAGGGAUUGACAGUGGCCCAGUGCGCCCCACUCCCCGGGACACCCUGCCGCGCGCCAGUGCCCCGUCCCCUGCCCCGCCCUGGGAGUCUCUGCCCCGUGCCAUGAGAGGUGUGGCAGCGCGUGUGCGCCCGCCGGCCGAGGGUCGGUGGGAGCUGCGCUUGCCCCUGGGGGACCAGCCCCCCCUGGCCACAGUGCUGCGGGGCGAGGGACCCUCCGCCUCCUGUCCCGGCCCCGAGGUGAGCCAGGGAAGUGAAAGACAGACAGACACGCACCCCACCAGCGUACACUGCGGGGCAGCCACCUGGCACACCGCCCCCAGGGCGACGCCCCAGCCACCCCCGCCCCAGCAUACCCCAAGGCUGCAGGCAGACACGCCUGUGCACCAUGGGGCAGGCACCUGGCACUGCCCAAACCUGCUGCCACUGCCCCGCAGGCCCCGCCUCCGUCCCACCCUUCGCGACAUACCCUGGGGCACCACCACCAUCACCACCCCACCACCACCACCACCACCACCACCACAACAACAACAACAACAACAGCAGCACGGCCCCAGACUGCAGCUACACGUGUCAUGAACAGUGCCAGGAAUUGGUGGCGCUGGACUGCAAGCUGGACAUUUCCCCAGAUUCUACCCUAAACACCCUAGAUUCUUCCCUAGACCUCUUUGAUUGCCAGGAGGAGGAAGAGGAGGAGGUGGAGGAGGUGGUGGAGGAGGUGGAAGAGGUAC